UCGCGUCUAGCACAUGAAGUCAUACGUGGAUCGCGACCGGCCAGCCAUCCGUGCUUACCAACGAGGCCGCUUUCAGUCCCCGUUGUCCGCAAGCCAUUCAAUGUCAUUGCUGAGUAACCAGCCAGCGAAUCAGUCUAAUACGCUCGGCAUCCACGUGGGGGAAGAGAAUCAAGAGCACAAGCCGUGUAAGCGGCGGAGGAGGACAAGGAGGAGGAGAUUCUGAGCAAGAAGAAAAAGAAGAAGCGGAAUGGAUCAGAUAAAAGGGGUGAUGAGGAAGAAAACAAUGAUCUCCAAUACCGACUCUUAACACUUGUGUGUCGGCGGCGGCAAAAGCUGGGCACUCGCCACAAAAUUUUCGGCCGCGCACUGUUAUCCCAGUGUACCAGGUUCUCAAGUAGCCUCAUCCAGGCCUCCUUGAGAACGUUGGUGCCCUUAGCAAGUCGUGCUAGGGCUUUGAAGAAGAAGAAGAAGCAGAAGACGUAGAAGAAGAAGAAGUUGAAGAAGACGUAGAAGAAGAAGAAGUAGAAGAAGAAGAAGAAAAACGAGAAGGAGCUGCGUGAAACGGGGGGAAAGAUGGAGAAAGCAAUGCCGUGGCUAGAGGAAGGAAGAACGAUCGAAUACUGGGGUGGAUUUCCUCUGGCGGGGCUGAUCUGUCUCCUGACAGCCUGUUAUCUCUUCUAUAUUGUGCGGCGGCUGCCUCUUGGUGUUACUCGCUUGAUUGCCUCGUUGCCGGUUUUGAUCAUCUAUGGCUAUCUGCCGCUGAUUUUCGACCGGCGAACGCAGGUCUUGGGAAUCACGAUUCUCUCUUGUAUAGCGACCUGGGCCGCAUCGUUCAAGGUGUUGAUGUUUUGUUGGGGUUUCGGCCCAUUGCUCGUCUCCCAGCCCCCCCCCGCCAUAGACAGCAGCCUGUGGGCGUUCGCCGCCGUGCUAUCCACUCCGGUCCGCGUUCAUCCCAAUCCGAUCAAAGGGCGUUGGGCAGCAGCCGCAGCGUCAGCAGGAGCGGUAGGUAAGCUGUUGUCGGAGUCCCGACGGGAGCUAGCAUCGACGACCGAGUCUGGAUCGGGACAGAAGGAGGGGAAGGUAGAGACGUGGAUAGAGCUGGUUAUACUCAGCGCCAUUAAGUUCACUGUGGUGAUAGCCGGAGUGGUUGUGAUCGCGGAUUACCAGGAGAAAGUUCCUAGACAUGUCCUUACGUUGCUCCACGCUUUGGUCAUAAACUCUUUCGUGGGAUUGCUGGAAGAAGGGCUCGGCGCGCUUAUCACCGGCACGCUGAAGAUUCAGCUACUUAAACACGUGGACCAUCCUUAUUUGUCCACAUCACAUAGCGAUUUCUGGGCGCGAAGAUGGCAUCUCACAAUAAGCGUCCUCUUACGCGAGUCUGUAUAUGAGCCGAUAAUGUUGUUAUUUCACAUACUCCUCGCACCCUCUCCUUCUCCCUCUCCCUCUCCCUCUCCCUCCCUUCCUCCUCCUACUCUGUCUCCUCUCCGGGGUGGCUCGUGGGGUGAGAAGGUCACUGACGAAGGGAUGAAGAGGGAAGCGGAGGGAGGUGGAGGUGUCCAUGAAGGAUUGUCUGUUUCUCAGACAAUACCGAGGAGCUCGGCUAUGGCGACCGACGAUCAGUCCCGACCGCAUGCCCUGCCAUCGAGUAAGACGGAGAUCGGCAAGAAGACCGCGACCCCGACGGCCGUCGAUAACUCAGGGAUCCGUUUCCGCUCGUCACAGAGUAGGCGUGAUGUCGAUGAAGGAAAGGCGGAGAAGGAGAAUAGGGAGCACAAGGAGGAGGAGAAGAGGGACUGCUCCCGCCGCUCUCGGGAGAUUCCUGGCGAUGACAUUACCGAGUCGGACGGUGCAGGACGACGAGAUGCGGCCGGUAAUGAUGCCUAUCGUUGUGAAGAGAAGGUAAAGCAGCAGCAGAGGGCGGCUGCUGCUUUUCGAAUGCCUAUGUUUACUCAGCUGAUUGCGGUUAUGGCGGCCUUCUUCGUUUCGGGUGUGAUGCAUGAGAUGGUGUUGUGGUACAUAUCUGGAACCGCCGCCACGUGGCAACUCGCUUCAUUCUUCUGGGUUGCCGGAGUUGUCGUUUGCAUCGAGUUCGGAUUACGUAGACUUCCAUGCUGGCGAGCUGUAAAGCUUCCUCGCGUCGUGUCCAUCAUCUUCACAGUUGGCUCCCUUCUGGUUAUGGGAGAGAUGCUCUUCUUCCCACCCCUUGUUCAAACAGGAACGGUUGCUGCGAUUAUGCAUGAGAUGCGGAGCUUCGUAUAUUUGCUGUUGAGAAUCUGACAAUCCUAUCGGAAUCUCCGAAUCGAAUCACGAGGUUUUUUUUUUGUUUUGUUUUGUUUUGCUUUGUGCUUGCCUGUUUUUUUGGCUGUUUUCAUCUUUGGUUCUCUCUCUUUUUUUUGUUGUUAAUCGAUUUAUGCUGUGUGUCGUCUUUGUGCAGGGGCCAUGCAAGUCUUCAAGUCUUCUGGAUAUCGUUCCCAUUUUAACGGAUGUCCUGAAGGAUUAUGGUAUCACCUUUUUUCUUUGUUUGUUUCCUAAUUUGGUCCAUUUUUUUUAUUUAUGCGAGGCGUCUUUUCGCAGG